UUGGUGAAAGAACACCUGCGUUGAAAAUCCACGUCUGCUGGAGCAGGUAAGCCAAUUUUGAAAAACAGUUUUAAGUCCAAUUUACAUCGUCAUUUUUUACUUGCUGACUGAGUUUUACCACGUGUCACACUUUGUGCAUUUUGGUCUUUUUUUGAGUAAAACCAAAACAUGCUAACAUGUAGCUGUUAGGUAAAUCAAUCAAUCAAUCAAUCAAUCAAUCAAUCAAUCAAUCAAUCAAUCAAUCAAUCAAUCAAUCAAUCAAUUGGUCACCAGUGGGGCAAUAAUGGUUAUAAUGCUAUAACCAUAACUACUCAUAGAUUUUUAUUUCACGCACAUAAAUUGUCUUGGGAUUAUAUAACGCUGAGUUUUUAUUUCUACAUCAUUAAUUGGUUAAAUAAAGGGAUUACGAAAGUGGACCAUAUUCACAAAUGCUUUUCAUUUAUUUGUAAAUUAAAUUAAUAUACUCAGAUAUUUUUUUAUUCGUGGAAUUUGAGUAUUUGCAGACCGUUUUAUAUUUGGAAGAUAUUUUUGUGAGUGAACAAAUUUAUUUUUUGUAUUUGUGGAGGCUUUUUUAUAUUUACAGAUCACACAUUUAAAACGGGAUUGCCAAUCUGGUGACACAAAUAAUACGGAGACAAAUCUACCUACCUAAGCCCACUUUCCUCUUCACCUGCUUCCUCCAUAAGUUUUCACAUCUCAUUUCCUCUUCUCUCCUUCAUUCUUUUCCUCCCUUUCUCUUCCACUCAUCUGUUUCUACUCUUUUCUUCACUCCUCAAAUCCAGACUUUCUCCCCUUUCCUCUUCUCACGCGUUCUCCACUCCUUUCCUCCUGGUUCUUCUUCACUUAUUUUCCUCCUCUCUCCUUCUCUUAACUUUAGGUUUUCUCUCCUUUCUCACUCCCCUCAUCAUCUCUUCACCUAUUCGUGGUUCCUCUCCUGGGCCACAGGUUGUCCUGUCCUUUCCUCUUGCUCUCCUCAUGGCUCGGCCAGUGCGCCGAAAAUCAAACCAUCAAGUGUUCUGCAUCAAGCCCGAAUGCUGCGCAAGUUGCCAGGCAACAGAUUGUGGCUGUUUCCCCCGUACAGUACUUAUAGAUCUCCAUUGAUGUGUCAGUCCAGUCAGAGAGACUGGGAGAAUAUGACAUCAAGCUGAAGUUGUGGGCUGCCAACCACCGGACAUGACUGGAAGCCUACUUAGGGUGUGGGAUGGAGGAUAUGGGCGUAGCAGUUACAAAAAACAAAACCUGAAACCACUUUUCUUGGUAUUUUAGUACCAUUUAACCAGUCAAAUAAAACGCAGAUUAAAACUCAAGACAAAGUGGGAUAGGCUUUUGAGAACAGGAAGGAGGUUGACGUGAUUUCCGCAGGCUUAGACCGGGGAAAGUUGUUUCCUGAAGUUGACACUGUGCUGAUAAUUUCCACACCAAAGUCCCGGUGUUCGUACAAAUAAGAAACAUGACCUGGACAGGUUUGUCUGACCGUUGGUAGUGGUUUUCCUCGUCAGCCGAUGAGCUGUUUCCUGGGGAGCUGUCUGACGAGAGGAUGAGCUCCAACACUGAAGACACAGAGACGAGCCUACAGGCCCAGCUAGCCGAUAGCCGAGCUCAGGUCGAACACUGGCAGGGUGUGGCGACGAUCUGUGAGCUGAGCAAACAGGAGGAACUGGCAGAGCUGCAAAAACAAUGUGAUCAAGAGAUCCAGUCUUUGCAGGAGGCUCUUAGAGAGACAGCAGCACAGUAUGAGGCCAGGAUAGCUGUUCUUCAGUCUCAGCCUGUGGAAUGGAGGAGAGCCAGUGGACAGAACAUGAUCAGUGGGAGGAAAGUCAGGAUGGAUGCUGAAGUCUCCAGCAAUGAAUCCUCAACACUGAUCAACAACAGCCUGACAGAGGCUGAGGCAUCGCUUUCUGCAGGCAAGACGCACAGCCAACCAGCAGAGCUUGAGGCAGUGGCAGAGGGAGAAGGAGGUCCACUUACGACAGAAGGGUAUUUUUCACUGCGGAACUGCGACUCGGCCUCGUUGUCCUCCUUCUCCUUAGACACACCCUCCCUGCCCCGGAAACUCCAUGCUCAGGACGACACAGAUUCGCUGGUGUCCACAGGAACUUUGGUGCCUGAAGCCAUUUACCUGCCACCGGCUGGACACCGGCUGGUCACACACUGCGACUGGGAUGCGCUCAACGCUCAGGUGUCAGAGCUGCGGGGGGAGGUGAGUCGGCUGCAGGCUGAGAAGGAGGAGCUGGAGAGAGAACUGGACACACAGACCAACCACACACACAAACAGGUUACAAUGCUGCAGUCUCAGGUCCAGACCUCAGAGGCCCUCCUCCAGGAUUUGCAGAAAUCUUUUAGCCAAUCACAGAAUGCCGUCCAGAGCCGGCUGGCAGAGUUGUCCCUCUCUCAGAGGAAGAUGUGCAGUGAGCUGUGCAGGCUGAAAGGAGAGGAGGUUGAGGAAGAGGUACCAGACUCCAGCUCAUCAUUCCAAGCAACACUGCAGGGGGCGCACUGUGAGGAGCGUCUUCGCAUUGAGAUAGUCAACCUGAGGGAGCAGCUGGACACUCGGACAGAGGAGAACGAUGUUUUGGAAGUGCAGCUGUCCAGUUUGAAGACGGAGACGGAGAGGAUCCAGGCUCACAAGGACCAGUUGCAGGCUGAGCUGCUGGCCUGUCGCACUGAACUGGAAGCCCUGCGGGUGGCACUCUCUCAUGUACAGAGCACCAACAAGGCUCUCAGCAGUGAUAAAGCGGCCCUGCAACAACAGUGUCUGGAGCUGCGAAGUCAAGUGAUCAGCCUGCGCUCCCAGGUUGAAACCAGCCAGACUGUACAAAGGGACUUUGUCCAGCUGUCCCAGUCACUGCAGGUGAAGCUGGAGUUAAUUCGGCAGGCUGAGAGUCUGGAACAAGUCAGGGAAAUCCUGGAAGAGGGGGUCAGUGAAGCUGGUUCCUCACCUGCAGAUGCCUCGUGAGUCUUAGAAAACCAAAGAGCACGGACCAAGAUGAAAUAUGCCUAGAGUGACCAAUAAGGGCCAGCUAACCAUGGCCACAUUAAAUACAGACGCUGUGGGAAAGUGACCACUGAAAUCUUCACAGCUGGUGCUGCAAGCACAGUAUUGCAACACUGAUGGUAUUUCUAAACGGAGACAUGAUGGUUCUGUUUGUUCCACAGAUGGUUUGGUGUCAGUGACUCAAACUGUUGCUUAGUGACCAAAGUGAUCUUUGAUGAACCGUUAAUUCUUUGCAGACACUGUUUAACUGUUUAAAUGUCUCACAGUCUCCAUUUUUCUUACAUCUAAUAACGAUUAUUUCUGUACUAAAAAAUAUGUAAAUAUAAUCUGUUUAUAAAACUGACAUGACUCCAGCAAAACACUCAACAGUUCAACACUUGAUUUUGCACUAUAUCAGUAACUAAUAUGCAAACUACACAAUCAAUUUCCCAUGCAAACACUGCUUUGUGAAAAGAUAUGAAGACCUCUACAAGCAAUGGAUUCAUAAAUACAAAAUAUACUCUCUUAAAUUAACUGCAUUUCAGAUGGGAUUUUUAUUAUCUGUAUUAGUUUGUUGUCUUUUUCUUUAAGCUUAUUAUUACUAAGUAUUCCUGUUGUUAAAACAAAAAAUCAAUGAAAUGUGAAUGUGUAACAUUUUGCCAUUUUUUUGUGUUAAUACAUACUGAAAACUAAAGAUAGACUUUCACCUUU